GAAGGCGCAGGGCGAAUUUCCCCCUACUUCCGGCUCAUUUUAUUUCGCAUUUCCGGAGACAGUGGCCGGGAAGGCGGGGACACACGAGCGGCUCGCGGCUCGCUGCUCGCAUACUCUCGCGAGAGGCAGGAAAGAGCGCAGGGUUUGAAACAUGGCGGACGACGUGGACCAGCAACAAACUACCAACACCGUAGAGGAGCCUCUGGAUCUCAUCAGGCUCAGCCUGGAUGAGCGAAUUUAUGUGAAAAUGAGAAAUGACAGAGAGCUUCGAGGCAGAUUACAUGCUUAUGAUCAGCAUUUAAAUAUGAUAUUGGGAGAUGUGGAAGAGACUGUGACUACCAUAGAAAUUGAUGAGGAAACGUAUGAAGAGAUAUAUAAAGCCUCAGUAGUCCCAGAAGGUAACCUGUAUACACCAACCUGUUCAGCACUGAAAAAGUGGGACCUGUGGUUCUGGCAGUGGCCAACGCGGAUGCUUUGGAUCACCAUUUCCAAAUGGAACUCUUGCCUAGAUGCUGCUGCAGAUGGUACUGCACAAUAGUGGUUGCCCUAAUUUAUUGAACAAAGGGCAUCAGGCAAAAGCAGUUUGUAUGUAUAUCCAUCUUCGAUCUCUACAACAACUCUUCUGCGGAAUGUUAAACAAACCAAGAGCUUGCGUUGGUUCCCUGUGGCCCCACAGCCUGCACGAGACAGUGGGAUGUGAGUUUGCCGGACUCCCGCCUGUGUGUGCGGGGAUGGGCACAGUGUGCAGACCCUGGCUCUGGAUAGUACGCCGCUCCGUGGCUUGCCUGGGCCAUCUGGCCCUCUUGCUCUGCCACGCCCUCCAGUUGUUCCCAGCCUUGUGUGUUAGUUUUAGUGGUUUCUGAUACCCGUGCUUAGUUCCUGGAAACCACUUCUCCAUUCUUGGCCAUCUUUCUCCUUUUUCUCCUAGAAGUGAUAGAUCACUCUAGAACUUUCGGCUGUGAGGGCUGUUGUUUACACACAUAGGUUUCUAAAUACCAUGGUCCUUAAAAUCUGACAGUUGAUUCCAUGUGCCCAUAAAACUCAGAUGCAACAUACGAAUGUCCCCCUUACCUCCUAGCUGCUGACGUACAGGAAGAGGGGCAAUAAAAGAUUAGCUGCAGGAUAACCA